GUCCCGUCUCUCUCUCUCAGCGGAUGGCGGAAGUAGCAGCCCGCCGGUGUGUCGGUCGCUGUCUGACACGUCACUGAGGUCAAACGGGAGGAAAGAUGGCGAGCACCUAUCAGAGUUUCAACCUGCGCACCACACCAGAGAAGUUCUACAUCGAGGCUUGCGAUGACGGAUCUGAGGACGUCCUGGCCAUCGACAGGGUUUCCACGGAGAUGACUCUCACAGUGAAGAGGGACGUCCCUGCGUCUGCUGACAGCCGGCCAAUCUGUGGACUGAUGGGGACCAUCCGUCUGGUGGCAGGCAUGUACGUGGUCGUCAUCACGAAGAAGAAGAAGGUGGGAGAUUUGCUGGGCCAUGCGGUGUGGAAGGCUCUGGACUUUGACAUCAUCUCCUAUAAGAAGACAAUCCUACAUCUGACAGACAACCAGAUGCAAGACAACAAGACCUUCCUGUCCAUGAUCAACAAUGUGCUUCACACAGACGGCUUCUACUUUGCAACAGACUACGACCUGACCCACACCCUACAGCGCCUGGCCAACACCAGCCCCGAGUUCCAGGAGAUGAGCCUCCUGGAGAGGGCAGAUCAGCGUUUCGUCUGGAAUGGCCACCUGUUGAGGGAAUUCAUUGCACAGCCGGAGUUACACAGGUUUGUGUUUCCUGUUGUCCAUGGCUUCAUCACCAUGAAGUCCAGCUGCAUCAAUGGAAAGGUGUUUGAGUGGACCAUUAUCUCCAGGAGGAGCUGUUUCAGAGCCGGCGUCCGCUACUAUGUCCGAGGCAUUGAUUCAGAAGGCCAUCCUGCUAACUACGUGGAAACGGAGCAGAUCGUUCAGUUCAACAGUGCCAAGGCUUCCUUUGUUCAGACUCGAGGCUCCAUCCCCUUCUACUGGUCCCAAAGGCCCAAUCUCAAGUACAAGCCCAAACCCCAGAUCAACAAAACCGUGAACCACCUGGACGGGUUCCAGAGACACUUUGACUCGCAGAUUAUUCUCUACGGAAGACAAGUCAUUUUGAACUUGAUCAACCAGAAGGGCUCCGAGAAGCCACUGGAGCUGGCGUUUGACAAGAUGGUGACCAACCUGGGUAAUGGCAUGAUCAAGUACAUAGCCUUUGACUUCCAUAAGGAGUGCAGUCGGAUGAGGUGGCACCGGCUGCAGAUCUUACUGGACAUGGUCGCUGAAAUGCAGGAUGAGUUUGGAUACUUCCUGGUGGAUGCGGACGGGAAGGUGCUGCUGAACCAGGAGGGGGUGUUCCGUAGCAACUGCAUGGACUGCCUGGACCGGACCAAUGUCAUCCAGAGCAUGCUGGCCCAGCGCUCGCUGCAGUCCCAGCUACGGAGAAUGGGAGUCCUCCACACGGGCCAGCAGAUUGAGGAGCAGACCGACUUUGUGAAGAUGUACAAGAACGCCUGGGCAGACAACGCUGACGCCUGCGCCAAGCAGUAUGCUGGCACUGGGGCCUUGAAGACGGACUUCACCAGGACGGGGAAGAGGACUCAGUGGGGGCUGCUGAUGGACGGCUGGAACUCCAUGAUCCGAUAUUACAAGAACAACUUCUCUGAUGGCUUCAGACAGGACUCCAUCGAUCUGUUCCUGGGCAACUACGCUGUGGACGAAGCUGUUUGGACCACCCCACUGCGUGAUCCCAAAGACUGGAAGUUUCUGACGUUGCCUAUCGUCAUGGUGGUAGCAUUCUCCAUGUGCAUCAUCUGCCUGCUCAUGGCUGGUGACACGUGGACUGAGACUCUGGCCUACGUUCUCUUCUGGGGAUCAGCCAGCGUGGUGACGGGCGGCCUCAUCCUCUUCAACGGACUGGACUUUGUGGACGCCCCGCGGCUGGUGCAGAAGGAGAAGCUGGACUGAAUGUGUGUGUGUGGAAAGCAGCUCGGCCCCGGCGAGCUCACCGCCUCAUCCUCUGGCUCUUCAUCACUCUCCCCCCGGCAGCAGCAGCAGCGGCGGCAGGGGGGGGCCUGGAGCCUUUACUAGC